GCAAGCACUAAUAGCUACUAACUCAUAGAAGUGACAGUCUACUAGGCUAGCUGUGACUGUGACAACCAGCAGCACUUAUGUAUCUCUAUCACUUGGCUCCUUGGAAACUUCUAUUGCUGGCACAUCUUUGCAGUGCAUAUCAUGACACCAGUAAUGUGUUGUAUCACUGUUGGCCACUGAAUGCUGACAGUAGCACUGCAACUGUUGACUGCCAAGGAUUGAGUUUGGAAUGGGUUGAUGGAGCUCCUCCAGAGCGGAUGAACCAAGGCCAGCUAUUUAACGUAUCCUAUAGAGCAAGGGUGGACCCUGAGUUCUACACACAGUCAAUGGCCUUCCCUACUCACAACGAGACCUUUGUCCGUGAGUUCUGUGGCCAGAUAUGCUCUGAUAGAGUCGGUGACAUCAAUCUGAACACUUGCUGUGUUUGGCAUGCCAACAUCCAUACCUGUCAUCCCUCACUAUCAAAUCCUCAGUGCAAUUCUACACCAAGAGUGUGCGGCCCGUGGGUGGCGUACGAUGGAGUGUUGUCCACUCACACGCUUUCACAAUAUGGACCACUUAACCGGACAUUUACAAGCGUGAAUGUUCAUGUUGACUUUGAGGGAGUGAAUGUAAUCAUAGCUCAUCUCAAAAUCGGGAAUAUCCAGCUGGUUCUAGGACAGGAGAUCCUGAUAAUGUCAUCUAGAGAGUGUGGGGAUGGUGUGUGUGCCAGUGAAGUGGGAGAGACCUGUGAGACGUGCUCUGUCGACUGUUGUCCUCAACAACAGAGCACCAUCAACACACAGGGGAUCAUUGUUGGCAUCUUUGUACCUCUUGUUCUACUGUCUUUAUCUACCGUUGCCAUAGUUGCUCUCUACUAUGUGCACAAACGGAAGAUGUUUUUCGAUGAGAGUUGGAUUAUCAGUUACGAUCGUUUACAACACAGGGGACCAAAUCACGCCCACUCUAAGAAUAGCGGGGGCAGGCACAUGUCAUUGGAGCCGACGAGGAAACUAUCACUAGAGAGUGCCAACGCAAGAACUUUGUAUGACUUUAAUAUCUCACCAACAACAUUUACAGAUAUUGGAAUCCACGAGGGUCAAGUGGUUGCUAUUAAAAUGAUACGCAGACGAAGCAUUGCACUGACCAGCAAUGUUCGGAAAGAGGUGUUGCAAAUACGAGUACUGGAUCAUCCCAAUAUAUGCAAGUUUGUUGGAGCUACGUUGGGCGACCCAACAAAGCAAGCCAUAGUAACAGAGUAUUGCCCUAAGGGUAGCUUACGUGACGUGCUCAUUAAUAAAGACAUUUCACUAAAUUGGGGAUUUCGAUUUUCCUUUAUGUCUGAUAUUGCACGAGCCAUGUCGUAUCUCCACCAAAAGAGGAUAUAUCACACAAGACUCACUUCAAACAACUGUCUCAUCGACAAUCGCUGGACUGUGAAGAUCACAGAUUUUGGAUUACCUACCCUCCGAUCAACUGAAGAUACGCUUGGUCAUAACAAGAGCGGGUCGCUAAGUAGCCUGUACCGACUAAAGAGGAGGACUGCAAGUACAGAGUAUCUUAGUCCCUAUUUCCCGAAUCAGACGCUACGUAUUUAUCAGCCACCAGAGAUAAAAGACGAUCCAUUAGACGCACUUGUUCCUCGGCCAACAACAGAUGUGUACAGUUUUGGAGUUCUACUAGUUGAAGUGGCAACAAGAAUUGACCUCUAUACUAUGGAUGAGUCAAAGUUGGGCUCCAACUUCAAGCCAGUGAUUCGACUCUCGGACCUAACAAGCUCCGAGGCACCUUGUCCCUGCCCUCUGGACUAUCUUGAUCUCAUAAAGAGAUGCUGGUAUCAGCCUGCUCUUCGAAGACCAACCUUUGAGCUUGUUAAGAAAACUCUCACUCAGAUCAACCCACACAAGGAGAAUCCAGUGGACAUGAUGAUGGCUAUGAUGGAGAAAUAUUCCAAACACCUCGAGGCUCUUGUGGCUGAGCGAACUUACGAGUUGGAACUGGAGAGAAACAAAACGUCAAGUGUUCUGCACAGUAUGCUACCAAAGACUGUAGCUAAUGAUCUAAUAUACGGCAAGCCUGCCCCGGCAACCAGCUUCCAAUCUGCAACCAUUUUUUUCAGUGAUAUUGUGGGCUUCACCAAACUAGCGAGUUCCAGCACUCCCAUGGAGAUAGUCACAUUCCUCAACGAACUAUACACUGUGUUUGACAGCAUCCUGGACCAUUUCAAUGUCUACAAAGUCGAAACAAUUGGUGAUGCGUACAUGGUAGUGUCUGGCGUCCCCAGUGAGAAUGGAGACCGCCAUGCAGGGGAGAUAGCCAGUAUGGCCUUGGAGCUCCUUGCUGCCAGUAAGCUGUUCAGGAUCCCGCACAGACCAGAGAUGACACUAGAGAUAAGGGCUGGAGUACACACUGGUCCUGUUUGUGCUGGCGUGGUGGGUAUGAAAAUGCCUCGAUACUGUCUCUUUGGGGACACAGUUAACACGGCCUCGAGAAUGGAGUCCACCAGUGAAGCAAUGAAGAUUCAAUGCAGCUCUGAUACGUACCAGUUGCUGAUGAAACUGGGAGGGUUUCAUUUGGAGAGCAGGGGAGAGAUUUCAGUCAAGGGGAAAGGUGUCAUGGACACUUGGUGGAUAAUGGGGAAGCUCAGCACUGAACAAGUGAACAUCAUAUUCGAGUGAUCAUACAUAAAACUGUUACAACACAAUGAUUUCGUUAUUUUUUUAUUAUCAAAGUAGAUCUAUUUUGUGUAUACCGUACCCUCGCGAAAAUAAGCCCAUCUUGAAUAAACGCCCA